AUGUUCAGGUCUCGAACUGCUGUUGCCCCUUUGGAGCGUUUGAAGAUAUUAUUACAGGUCCAGAAUCCUCAUAGCAUAAAAUAUAAUGGAACGAUACAAGGCUUGAAAUAUAUUUGGAGAACUGAGGGUUUUCGAGGAUUAUUCAAAGGCAAUGGUACAAAUUGUGCUCGUAUAGUACCAAAUUCAGCAGUAAAAUUCUUCAGCUAUGAGCAAGCUUCUCGGGGAAUACUGGCCUUUUACAGGGAGAAAACUGGUGACCGUAAGUUCAUUUUGGUUCCUUACGUGGGCCUCAACUUUGCUGUGUAUGAAUCGCUUAAAGACUGGUUGAUUAAAAGUAAACCAUUUGGACUUGUUGAAGAUUCAGAGCUCAGU